AGACGACCAUAAACAAAGGCGAAAGAGAACGAUUCACUUCCUUAAAAGAUUCGUUCGAAAACCCAAAUUCGUUCACAAACACUAACCGUGCCUCCAACCCAUUUUGAAUUUUUUUUUUACCGAGGUGUGGUUAAUUUUAAUCCCGCCUCACUUUGAAGGGUGUGAACCGACGGGAACUGCGCGACCCACAAAGCCUGGAAAACAACUUUCGUUUGACUUCCCCGAAGUGGCGUACAGCUGUGCUAGUUACGCCAAGAGCAAUGGCAGAAUUUGUCAAGGCGCAGAUCAAGGGCGACAAAGUAGUUGUGUUUCUGAAGCCGUCCUGUCCUUACUGCGUGUGCGCUAAGGAUGUUUUGUCCAAAUAUAAAUUCAAAAGUGGACGCUUAGAGCUGAUUGACAUCAGUGGGCGCAGUGACAUGGGCAGCAUACAAGACUACCUGCAACAGAUCACAGGCGCGCGCACCGUUCCCCGGGUCUUCAUAGGGGAGCAGUGCAUUGGAGGAGGAAGUGAUGUUGACGGUCUGGACCGUUCUGGAAAACUGGAAGGCAUGUUGCAGGCAAUCGGAUCUCUGCAGUGAAGGGCGUCAAGAAGGGGUCACAUGAUGCUGCAGCGAGACUUGCGGAUCUGCCGUCUGCGCUGCUGGUACUCGCUGAGCUCCUGUAGGUAACCUCUGGAGGGCCAGCGCAGUCGCUCCACCUGCUCACGCUCCUCAUCUGUCCAAAAAAAAAAAAAAAAAAAAAAAAAAAAAAAAAAACCAUCACAGGAAACUUUUGCUACAGUGUUCCCUCCUGUUGAACGCCGGUGCAUUUAAAGGAACACUCCACUUGUUUUUGGAAAUGGGCUCAUUCUCCAACUUAAUAAAUUGAAUUUUGUUGUUUUGGACUUAUUCACUUAUUCACUUUUGGACAACGAGCCUGUUUCCAAAACAAAGCGGAGGGUUCCUUUAAACAAGGCAUAUUAUCCGUCCACCUUGUACUUCGAUUAAAAUAAUGUCAUUGUCUCUAUUUGUUUCCCAUUAAGUGUAUUCAAAAAUAAAUUAGAAGUCUUAAAAAACCUGAAAAUAAAAUAUUUUCCUGUCAAA